AUGUGGCAAAUGAUGCUGCAACAGAUCCAACAACAAGUCCACAACACCCUCGACUACAGCAUCCACUGCAGAAUCGACUACAGUUUCCACAACGGAUUCAAUAGCAGUCUCUACAACGGAGUCCACAAAACCUUCGACUACAGUUUCCACAACGGAUUCAACAACUGUAUCCACAACAGAGUCCACAACACCCUCGACUACAGCAUCCACUGCAGAAUCGACUACAGUUUCCACAAUGGAUUCAACAACAGUCUCUACAACGGAGUCCACAACACCUUCGACUACAGUUUCCACAACGGAUUCAACAACUUUUCCACAACGGAUUCAACAACAGUCUCUACAACGGAUUUCCACAACGGAUUCAAUAGCAGUCUCUACAACGGAGUCCACAACACCUUCGACUACAGUUUCCACAACGGAUUCAACAACUGUAUCCACAACAGAGUCCACAACACCCUCGACUACAGCAUCCACUGCAGAAUCGACUACAGUUUCCACAACGGCUUCAACAACUGUAACCACAACAGAUUCUACAACAGCGUCCACCACACCUUCCACCACAGCAUCCACUACAGAAUCGACUACAACUUCUACAACAGAGUCCACAACACCUUCAACUACAGCAUCGACUACAGCUUCAACAACUAUAUCUACAACAGUGUCCACCACACCUUCAACUACAGCAUCCACUACAGAAUCGACUACUGUUUCCACAACAGAGUCCACAACACCCUCGACUACAGCAUCCACAACAGAUUCAACAACAGUCUCUACAACGGAGUCCACAACACCUUCGACUACAGCAUCCACAAUGGAUUCAACAACAGUGUCCACAACGGCGUCCACAACACCCUCGACUACAGCAUCCACUGCAGAAUCGACUACAACGUCUACAACAGAGUCCACAACACCUUCGACCACAGCAUCAACUACAGCAUCCACAACACCUUCAACUACAGCAUCCACAACAGAUUCAACAACAGUAUCCACAACAGAGUCCACAACACCCUCGACUACAGCAUCCACUGCAGAAUCGACUACAGUUUCCACAACGGAUUCAACAACAGUGUCCACAACCAAUUCUACAACAGUGUCCACCACACCUUCGACCACAGCAUCCACUACAGAAUCGACUACAGCUUCUACAACAGAGUCCACAACACCCUCGACUACAGCAUCCACUGCAGAAUCGACUACAACUUCUACAACAGAGUCCACAACACCUUCGACUACAGCUUCGACUUCAGUUUCCACAACAGAUUCUACAACAGUGUCCACCACACCAUCAACCACUGCAUCCACAACAGAUUCAACAACAGUCUCUACAACGGAGUCCACAACACCUUCGACUACAGCUUCCACAACGGAUUCAACAACAGUGUCCACAACGGAUUCAACAACUGUAUCCACAACAGAUCCUACAACAGUGUCCACCACACCAUCAACCACAGCAUCCAGAACAGAUUCAACAACAGUAUCCACAACAGUGUCCACCACACCUUCAACUACAGCAUCCACUACAGAAUCGACUACAGUUUCCACAACGGCUUCAACAACAUUAUCCACAACUGACUUGACUACGGAGUCAACGACAGACACAAUUACAACCUCAACCACACCUUCAAGUUCCAAUGUACAAUUGAAACGAUUAAGCAAGAAUAUAGCAAUCAGUAUUACAAAUACGACAACCACACCUGC